AUGGCAAAAACGCCGUCCGGUCAGGCUACAGCCAGGCCUUUCAGAUGUUCCGGAUGCUCGAAGAGCUUUACGCGGCAGGAAAACCUAAAGAGACACAUUCACACGCACCAUAAGGGAUCGCAGGCCAGGAGCUUUCAGUGCUCGUUCUGUGACGCGCGGUUCGCUCGAAGCGAUUUGAGGAAACGACACACCUUGAACUUCCAUUCUUCGUCCAGCCAUCCAGAACAACAGAACCCCUCCAGCGCACCAAACAGUGGCUCCAUUGUCAAUGCCACAGCUGCGCUUCCCCAAGCCAGUCCUCCGGCAGCUGUGUCGCCUACAUUAGAACCGCCUAUCGGGCUAGCAACCCCGGCUUUGAAAGUGGGAAGCUACGUGCCAGGCUCUGACACUCUUUCGGAUACGGCAAGCGAUAUUGCCUCUAUCAAUGCAUUUUAUACUGCGUUUCUUCCCAGCUUCCCAAUCAUCCAUCGGGGAAUGUUUGAGGCGCUUUCCGCAUCAGGUUCUAUGCAGAAUGCGAUCAUCUGUAUUGGGGCUCUAUAUUGCCAGCGAGGCACCGGCUCGCAACCCCGAAUACCACUUUUUGAGAGCACUUGCGUGGCUAUGCAAAAGUACGUUGAACAAAACCGAUCCCGCUACCAACAGCUGUGGGUCCUGCAAACUUUCUUACUAUUGGAGUUCUUUGGCCUGUUUGCCGGAGACCACGCCUCUUUCCAGAGGGCACGUCGGAUCCACCGAGACUUGGUGGACGCCAUCAGAAUGCUACAAAUGUCUCAUGAGGGCACCAACCGGUCGUCAAUCGACGACAUGAUUGACGAGGCAGAAGAUGAAAGCGAGACCUCAUUCCUCGCCAAUUUGCAAUCUCUAGAGACAAGAUGGCAGGAGUUUGCAGAACGCGAAUCACGGAAGAGAUGUGUAUAUACACUCUACGUCCUGGACUCGCAAAUCGCCAUCAUGUGUAAUCACCGACCGAUGCUUUCCCCACUGGAAAUCAAGUACGACCUACCAUGUGUGGAGGAAGCCUGGCUGGCGAGAUCCGCGCAUCUGUGGGCCAUGUGCCAGCGGCGCCAUUACGCCGAGAACAACGGUCAAGUCAUAAUCUUUGAGAGUCCACCAUCUCAGGGCUUCUUCUACGACGCUUCGCAAACGCUACUGAACUCGGUGGAUGAGAUGAAUCUGCCACCCAAGCUGCGAUUACUCAAGGCGUCGCCUUUCAGCGCCAUCGUUCUGGUCAUGCAACUGCAGAUCAUGACUCGUGAGUUAGUUCAUGCCAGUUGCCUCGUAGACCGCUCCAAAGCCACAAAACGCAACUGCUCGCUUCUUUCCGACACGCAAUGCCGGCAAAAAUUGCGUGCAAUGAAGAGUAUUGCUGAGAUGGUGCCAAGCCAAGCAUUCCAACCCUCCGAUAUCACAUCGAAAAAUACCUUGGACCUCCCGCCCGAAGAAGUACCCUUGUGGCACUUUUUCCGUGUGCUCUGGCACUAUACCGCCAUUACCUCGUGGUAUCCGGAUGCGCUGCUACUUGGCGGAAUUGUCGAAUCGAGCCUACCACGGGCAGUUGCGACGGCACACCGGCUGGCAAUGUCCAACAACCUCCCAGACAACGACGAAAUUGAGCUAGAAAACUACGCUUUUCAUAUCUUGGACUAUCUCAACGUAGCGCUGCAAGGUCUCUCUAAGCCGAGCUUGCAGCUCCCUCCUUUCCUCGAACACCCGUUCAUAACCUUCCUCGGAUUCAAGCUCGGGCUGCUCGGUCGAUGCCUGCUGAGUGGGGGCAUUAACGACAUGGCGAAGAAACCUUCCCCCUUCGGCCUCGGGUUGAGACUGUGCCAUAAGGCUAUCAUCGACAAUAUUAUGAGCUGUGUGGAUGGUUGGCCUAGCCAAAGCUCUCCGGCGAGGAGAUGGAGCAUUGUUGCGGAACAACAUGAUGCCACUCCUGGGAUCGAGAAAUGCGAGACGGCUUUCGUCGCAUGGCUGAUCGAGGCCUUGAAGUUGCGGUCGUGCUGGCCCGUGGGAAGGGUCGCUGCUGCUACCCUGGAAGCUGGGCAAGGGUAG